AUGACGCCUACGUUCUGUUGGAUAUUCCUGUUGGUGUUGGCGUUGGUGGGCCGCGCUACGAGCAUACCAAGGCCUCUCACGGUCGACGCUUGCGCCCUGCUCUGCAAUCCCGGGGCAGAGACUGAGUCCGAGCGAGAGAGGGAUGUGCGCCUAUUUCCCCGAUAUCCCAAGGUAAACUGCAAGCUCCAGUCCCUCAGCGACGAGCACCAGACGUUUGCUAUUAUGAGCCACUGUUUGAAACUGUGCUCUUACGAACUAUCAAUCGCGUCGGAAGUCAACUGUUUUGCUCUGAGAUCAUCCCUUCAAGCAAGUAUAGGAUGUUAUUGUGAUGCUUUAACACCCUUGAGUCCGAACACUAUGCGCCUUCACGAAACUUGGCGGCUCAGCUUUUUGGUAAAGGAGUUGGCGAGCGAUAUCAUGACUACGAUUCUCAAGUCACCUCUCGACGUAAUCAUCCUAUGCGAGAUCCAUCAAGAACUGUUCAAAGACGUCAACAUAUUACAUGGAGAGUUGUACACAAAAUGUUUAAACCCAGAGAGUUCAAACUCAGAUGACUCACCCGAACGAACAAAACGAAAUAUCGAAGAGCGUGAGAUAGAUGAAUUCGACUAUGACGACACUGUGGUUGGAGAUAUACAGAAGGAUGAAAACAUAAAGUCGGUACCACGACAUCAGGAGAAACAUAAUUCGCCAUUUUUCGAAAAUCUAGACUUGUUCAGAGAGCAGACUGCCGAAGGUUCCUCGCACCAGGAGCAGGACAACCCAACAUUAGGUGAACAUAGUGAAAACAAUUCAAAUUGUCAUGCAGAAACGUGCGACGGACUUUUAUAAAAAGUCUGUCAAUGUUAAAUGAGUUAAAAAGCUGAACAAUUAUAAAAUAUAUAUAGACAAAAAUAAUAGACAGGAGAAAGAGUUUGCGUGAA